CGAGGUUGCGAGCUGGCUCUGGGGCCGCGGGGCCGCGGUGGCCUGCCUGCUGCGCUCCCACAGCGGCGGGCACCCCGGGCCAUGCGGGAGCGCUGGGGCCGCGCGGCAACAUGAAGGGCGGCGACCGCGCGUACACCCGAGGUCCCUCUUUGGGGUGGUUCUUGGCGAAGUGCUGCUGUUGCUUCCCGUGCAGAGAUGCGUACUCUCAUUCAAGUGAGAACGGAGGCAAGUCCGAGUCGGUGGCCAACCUGCAGGCCCAGCCCUCCCUGAACUCCAUCCACAGUUCCCCUGGGCCCAAGCGCUCCACCAACACCCUGAAGAAGUGGCUGACGAGUCCCGUGCGGCGGCUCAACAGCGGGAAGGCAGACGGAAACAUCAAGAAGCAGAAGAAAGUACGAGAUGGUCGGAAGAGCUUCGACCUGGGAUCUCCCAAGCCUGGGGAUGAGACGACCCCUCAGGGAGACAGCGCUGAUGAGAAGAGCAAGAAAGGUUGGGGUGAAGAUGAGCCAGAUGAAGAGUCACACACACCCCUCCCUCCGCCUAUGAAGAUCUUUGACAACGAUCCCACGCAGGACGAGAUGUCCUCCUCUUUGCUAGCAGCCCGGCAGGCUUCCACUGAAGUACCUACUGCUGCAGACCUUGUCAGUGCAAUAGAACAGUUGGUCAAAAGCAAGCUGAGUCUGGAAGGCGGCUCGUACCGGGGGAGCUUGAAGGACCCCACAGGCUGCCUGAAUGAGGGCAUGACCCCACCCACACCUCCUAGAAACCUGGAAGAAGAACAGAAAGCCAAGGCCCUGAGAGGCAGGAUGUUUGUCCUGAAUGAACUGGUACAGACAGAGAAAGACUAUGUCAAGGAUCUGGGGAUUGUGGUAGAGGGCUUCAUGAAGAGAAUAGAAGAAAAGGGUGUCCCUGAGGACAUGCGAGGAAAGGAUAAAAUCGUGUUUGGAAAUAUUCACCAGAUUUAUGAUUGGCAUAAGGAUGUUUUCCUGGGUGAACUGGAAAAAUGUAUCCAGGAGCAAGACAGACUGGCACAGCUCUUUAUUAAAUACGAGCGGAAGCUGCACAUCUACGUGUGGUACUGCCAGAAUAAGCCGCGCUCCGAGUACAUCGUCGCUGAGUACGACGCCUACUUUGAAGAGGUGAAACAGGAGAUAAAUCAAAGGCUGACACUUAGCGACUUCCUUAUCAAGCCCAUUCAGAGAAUAACAAAAUAUCAGCUGCUCCUCAAGGACUUCCUGAGAUACAGCGAGAAGGCUGGUUUGGAGUGUUCUGAUAUCGAGAAAGCAGUGGAGUUAAUGUGCCUUGUUCCAAAACGCUGCAACGACAUGAUGAAUCUGGGGCGCCUGCAGGGCUUUGAGGGCACCCUGACCGCUCAGGGCAAGCUGCUGCAGCAGGAUACAUUCUACGUGAUUGAGCUGGAUGCCGGCAUGCAGUCGCGGACCAAGGAGAGGCGUGUGUUCCUCUUUGAGCAAAUUGUCAUCUUCAGUGAACUGCUCAGGAAGGGAUCCCUCACCCCAGGCUACAUGUUCAAAAGGAGCAUCAAGAUGAAUUACUUGGUCCUGGAGGAGAACGUGGACAAUGACCCCUGCAAGUUUGCACUCAUGAACAGGGAGACUUCGGAGAGGGUCGUCCUGCAAGCCGCCAACGCCGAUAUCCAGCAGGCCUGGGUGCAGGACAUCAAUCAAGUCUUAGAAACACAGCGCGACUUCUUAAAUGCCCUACAGUCGCCUAUUGAAUAUCAGCGGAAAGAAAGGAGCACAGCUGUGAUGAGGUCCCAGCCUGCUAGGGUUCCCCAAGCCAGCCCCAGGCCUUACUCCUCCAUCCCCGUGGGCUCCGAGAAGCCCCCAAAGGGCUCCAGCUGUAACCCGCCUCUGCCACCCCUGAAGAUAUCUACCUCCAAUGGCAGUUCGGGGUUUGACUACAACCAGGCUGGGGACAAGUUUGAGGCCAGCAAGAGCGACCUGGGAGGCUGCAAUGGGGUCUCAUCCAUGGCCGUGAUCAAAGAUUACUAUGCACUGAAGGAGAACGAAAUCUGUGUGAGCCAAGGUGAGGUGGUCCAGGUCCUUGCCAUCAACCAGCAGAACAUGUGCCUGGUGUACCAGCCCGCCAGCGACCACUCCCCCGCCGCCGAGGGCUGGGUCCCAGGCAACAUCCUGGCACCCCUCACCAAAGCCACGGCAGCCGCAGAAAAUAGUGACGGGAGCAUCAAGAAGUCAUGUUCAUGGCAUACUCUACGCAUGAGAAAGCGGGCGGAAGUGGAGAACACGGGUAAAAAUGAAGCCACAGGGCCUCGUAAACCCAAGGAUAUUCUGGGCAACAAAGUCUCUGUUAAAGAGACGAACAGUUCCGAGGAGUCAGAGUGUGAUGAUCUUGACCCUAAUACUAGCAUGGAGAUCUUAAAUCCAAAUUUCAUCCAAGAAGUGGCGCCAGAAUUCCUUGUGCCCUUAGUGGAUGUGACCUGCUUGCUUGGGGAUACAGUGACACUGCAGUGCAAAGUCUGUGGGCGGCCAAAGCCCACCAUCACCUGGAAGGGUCCAGACCAGAACAUCCUUGACACUGACAGCAGCUCAGCUACGUACACGGUCUCCUCCUGUGAUUCCGGGGAAAUCACCCUGAAAAUCUGCAAUCUGAUGCCCCAAGACAGCGGUAUUUAUACCUGCAUAGCAGCAAAUGACCACGGCACCACAUCAACGUCUGCUACCGUUAAAGUGCAAGGUGUUCCAGCGGCCCCUAACCGCCCCAUUGCCCAGGAGAGAAGCUGCACCUCCGUGAUUCUCCGCUGGCUGCCCCCAUCCAGCACAGGAAACUGCACUAUUUCUGGUUACACUGUGGAGUACAGAGAGGAAGGUUCCCAGGCCUGGCAGCAGUCGGUAGCGUCGACCUUGGACACUUACCUUGUCAUUGAGGACCUCAGUCCUGGGAGUCCUUAUCAGUUCAGAGUCAGUGCCAGUAACCCCUGGGGGAUCAGCCUUCCCAGCGAGCCCUCAGAGUUCGUGCGACUUCCAGAAUACGAUGCUGCUGCUGAUGGUGCCACCAUUUCUUGGAAGGAAAAUUUUGAUUCAGCUUAUACAGAGCUGAAUGAAAUUGGAAGAGGCCGGUUCUCCAUAGUAAAGAAGUGCAUUCACAAAGCUACUCGCAAAGAUGUCGCUGUGAAAUUUGUUAGCAAAAAACUGAAGAAAAAAGAGCAGGCUGCCCACGAGGCUGCCCUUCUUCAGCACCUGCAGCAUCCCCAAUACAUCACUCUCCAUGACACCUAUGAGUCCCCCACUUCCUACAUCCUGAUUUUGGAACUGAUGGAUGAUGGCCGACUCUUAGACUACCUUAUGAAUCAUGAUGAGCUGAUGGAAGAAAAAGUAGCUUUCUACAUACGAGACAUCAUGGAAGCCCUGCAGUACCUUCACAACUGCAGGGUUGCACAUUUGGACAUAAAGCCUGAAAACCUGCUCAUUGACCUUCGGAUUCCAGUGCCUCGAGUGAAGCUCAUUGACUUAGAGGAUGCUGUCCAGAUCUCAGGUCACUUCCACAUCCACCACCUGCUUGGGAACCCUGAGUUUGCUGCCCCAGAAGUGAUCCAAGGCAUCCCUGUGUCCCUGGGCACUGAUAUCUGGAGCAUCGGGGUUUUGACAUAUGUCAUGCUGAGCGGGGUCUCCCCCUUCUUGGAUGAGAGUAAGGAGGAGACAUGUAUCAAUGUAUGCAGGGUGGAUUUCAGCUUCCCCCAUGAGUACUUCUGUGGCGUGAGCAAUGCUGCCAGAGAUUUCAUCAAUGUGAUCCUACAGGAGGACUUUCGGAGGCGGCCCACGGCAGCCACCUGCCUGCAGCAUCCAUGGCUGCAGCCCCACAAUGGCAGCUACUCCAAAAUCCCCCUGGACACCUCCCGCCUGGCAUGCUUCAUAGAGCGCCGCAAGCACCAGAAUGAUGUUCGGCCUAUUCCCAACGUCAAGAGCUACAUUGUCAACCGGGUAAACCAAGGGACGUAG